AUGUUCGAGAAGUCGCUUGUCGAUCUCAUCCGUGGUUUGCGCGGCCAUAAGGGAAAUGAGGCAGAAUACAUUCAAGGCGCCCUGAGAGAGUGCCGGAGCGAGAUUCGUUCCCAGGAUCUGGAUCUCAAGGCCACCGCGCUACUCAAGCUCAUUUACCUCGAAAUGUUUGGCUAUGAUAUGACAUGGGCCGCAUUCAAUGUCCUGGAAGUGAUGGCAUCUCCCAAACCGGUUCACAAGCGCGUUGGGUAUUUGGCCGCCGUCCAGAGUUUUCGACCCGAGAUGGAGGUUCUCAUGCUGGCGGAAAACCUGUUGAAGAAAGAUCUCAGUUCUCCCUCCAUACCAGUACUGUCGCUGCCACUCGUCACCCUUCCGCAUAUUGUGACAUCUUCUCUGGCUCUCUCCAUUCUCACAGAGCUCCUGCCACGAUUGUCACAUUCUCAGCCCGCUGUACGCAAGAAGACCAUUGUCACCUUGUACAGACUAGCGUUGGUAUAUCCUGAGACGUUGAGGGUGGCAUGGCCGAAAAUCAAGGAAAGGCUUUUGGACGAACAGGAAGACAGCAGCGUUACAGCCGCAACAGUCAAUGUUGUCUGUGAACUGGGUUGGCGGAGGCCACAAGACUUCUUGCCUUUGGCACCCAGGCUGUUCGAUCUCUUGCUUGCUCAGAAGAACAACUGGAUGGGCAUCAAGAUCAUCAAACUGUUCGCAGUCCUGACACCACUGGAACCGAGACUAGUCAAGAAACUGGUGCGGCCACUCACCAAAUUGAUACAAGAAACUACGGCAAUGUCCUUACUCUACGAGUGCAUCAGUGGAAUCAUCCAAGGUGGCAUUCUGGACGGCGCUGAGAGCGGUGUGGACGUGGAGGAAGUGGCCGAUCUAUGCAUAUCGAAGCUAAGAGGCAUGAUUGUACUCGAUGGCGACCCAAAUCUGAAAUAUGUUGCGUUGCUUGCGUUCAACAAGAUCGUGGCUUCGCAUCCAGCUCUGGUUGCGUUGCAACAGGACGUGAUCAUGGGUUGUUUAGACGAUCCAGACAUCUCCAUCAAAAUGCAGGCAUUGGAACUGGUGUCAGGCAUGGUCAACAGCGACAACAUUCAAGCUGUCGUUAAUCGACUGAUGAAACAGCUUGCCGGAUCGGCAACAGCCACUGACGCGGCUAACGGCCACGCUGAGGAAGAGCAGACAGAUAUGGAGCAAAGGCUUGUCCCAGAUAAACGAGGAUCCGAGAAAAUGCCCUUGCCGGACGAAUAUCGCCAUGAUAUCAUCAGCAGGAUUCUCGAUAUGUGCUCUCACAAUACCUACGCCAACAUUACCGACUUUGACUGGUACAUCGAGAUUCUAGUGCAUCUUGUCAGACAUCUGCCGGCCCAUCAAGACUCGGCUUCGACACGGUCUUCACUUGAUGACGAGACCUUGAUCGGGGCUCGUGUUGGGGGUCAGCUUCGCGAUAUUGCGGUCAGAGUCAAAGAACUACGCCCAGAGACGACCAAGGCAGCCGAAACGCUGGUUUUGUUGUCUAACCGAACCAUUGCCUAUCCUAAGCACGGUACGGGACAAAGUCCAGUCAUCAAGUCCGCAGCCUGGAUAUGCGGAGAGUUUGCCAUGUACCUAUCCAACCCUUAUGAGGUUCUCAACUCAUUGAUACACGAGUCUUCCACGAGCUUCCUGUGGUCAACCCUGGCGAUAGUCGUGCAAGCAAUCCCCAAAAUCAUUGCACAGAUUGCCACAACGGCCGUUCAAGAAUGGAAUCUUUCCAGGGGCAGCACCAUGUCGCUCCUGCUUGCAAGAACCACGGAAUUCUUGGAGAAGUUGUCGUCGCACCCCAACCUCGAGGUGCAGGAAAGAAGCGUCGAAUUCCUCGAACUGCUCCGGCUUGCCGCGGAGGCGCUUUCUGCACAAGCCGGGGACAGCAAUCAAGCGCCACUACUCCUGACCUCUGCCAUCCCCAAUCUCUUCACAAACCUUGAAUUGAACCCGGUGGCAGCAGCAGCGCAGAAGAAGGUCCCUCUACCCGAAGAUCUCGACCUCGAUGAACCCAUCAACCCCAACCUAUCGUCUAUCUUGCAAGCCUCCCAGGUCGCGGAUGACGAUGACGACGAUGAAGACGCCUUCCACUCCUUCUACCACGAGCGUGAACCCGUGCAGACAACCACAUCACUACAACCUCAAACAGCCGCCUCGUACAUCGACGCGGCAGCUGCCGAGAAAGAACCACUCUCGUACCAAUCUGCUCCUGAGUCACCUGCAACCAAAGCGCGACGCAAAGCAGAGCGGAUGGCGCGCAACAAGGACGACCCCUUCUAUAUCGCUCCUGCGGAAGAUGCGGACUCUCAUUUCCACGACGUCAUCAGUAAAUCUAAUGCAGGUGAUGACCUCGACGUCGAUUCCAUCCCUAUCAUCGACCUACAAAUCGACCACUCCCAAACCACAGCGGCCCACCCUGGAGCUGAGACGGAAGACCGCAAACCGCGCAAGAAGAAGCCAGUUCGCCGCUUCGUCGUUGCCGCCGAUGAGACCCUCGACACCAGCACGCCCACCUCCCAGUCCUUCUCAAACACACCCAACCAAUCCGUGCUCGAUCAGAUGCAACGACCUCGCUCUCUCAGUCCAUCGACGCGUCUUCGCGACCAAACCCAAAGCCAAUCUCGUUCGACAAGCCGUCCUACUCGCUCACUCCUCACCGUCGACUCUUCUACGCUCGAGAACUUGAGUCUCGAAGCUGGUGGGACAGCCGACACUGAGAUGGAGAUCCUCCGUCGUGAAGCCGAAGCACUCGAAAUGCAAAUGGCCCUGAGGGAAGUGGAGAAGAAACGGCUUGAGAUGCAGCGCGAGCAGGAACGGCAGCGCACAGUGAUGGGUGAGGGCGUGGACAUGGAAGGCACGGUGGUCAAACGGAAGAAAAAGAGAACGAAAGCCAAGGUCGAGGUCGAGGCCGAGGUCGGGCGUGAAGAGCGUGCUGGUGGGGAUGAAGAGGCCGUGAAGAAGAAAAAGAAGAAGAAGAAGAGAGGUGUCCAACCUAUAGAAGAGGUGCUUGGCCCCGAAGCUGGUCAGGCAGCCGCUUAG